CGCGCGCGCUGAGGUCAGAGGCGGCGGCCGCGUCCCGAGCGCCUGCGCGCCGCAGCCACCGCCGAUCGGAGCCGAGCCACCGCGCCGAGCCCGCCGCCCGGCAUGGAGGGGGACUGCCGCGUGCUGUCCAUCCAGAGCCACGUCGUCCGCGGCUACGUGGGCAACCGGGCGGCCACGUUCCCGCUGCAGGUCCUGGGGUUCGAGAUUGAUGCGGUGAACUCAGUCCAGUUUUCCAACCACACAGGCUACACACACUGGAACGGCCAGGUGCUGAACUCCAGCGAGCUCCAGGAGCUGUACGAAGGCCUGAAGCUCAACGGUGUGAACAAGUAUGACUACGUGCUCACGGGCUACACGAGGGACACGUCCUUCCUGUCCAUGGUGGUGGACAUCGUGCGGGAGCUGAGGCAGCAGAACUCGCGGCUCGUGUACGUGUGCGACCCCGUGAUGGGCGACAAGUGGGAUGGCAGAGGCCGCAUGUACGUCCCAGAGGACCUCCUUCCCGUGUACCGAGAGAAGGUGGUGCCGGUGGCAGACAUCAUAACGCCCAACCAGUUCGAGGCCGAGUUGCUGAGCGGCAGGAGGAUCCGCACCCAGGAGGAGGCACUGGCGGUGAUGGACGUGCUGCACUCCAUGGGCCCCGACACCGUGGUCAUCACCAGCUCCGACCUGCCCUCCCCUCAGGGCAGUGACUACCUGAUCGCGCUGGGCAGCCAGAGGACCCGGAGGCCGGACGGCUCCACCGGGACUCAGCGCAUCCGGAUGGAGAUGCGCAAGGUGGAUGCCGUCUUCGUGGGUACCGGGGAUCUCUUCGCCGCCAUGCUGCUCGCCUGGACACACAAGCACCCCAACAAUCUGAAGGUGGCCUGUGAGAAGACCGUGUCCGCCAUGCACCACGUUUUGCAGAGGACCAUCCGGUUCGCCAAAGCCCAGGCCGGGGAAGGACAGAGGCCCAGCCCGGCCCAGCUGGAGCUGAGGAUGGUCCAGAGCAAGAAGGACAUCGAGGAUCCGGAGAUCGUCGUCCAGGCCACCAUGCUGUGAGGGCUGCGCUCGCCCCGAACUCGCAGCCUGCUGCUGUCUCGUGUUGUCCCUGUGAACCUGUGAUGUCUGCCCUAGAGCCGUGACCGAAAUUCAGCAUUCGUCCCCUCGUGAGAGCUGGGUGUCGCCCACUCCGUCGUGAAAAUCGUGCCAGUGAAAAUCGUGCCAGUCGUCCCUGCCAGGCCCCAAAGCAGCCCGCAGGUGUGGCGCAGACUCCGCCCUCCCAGGCCCAGGCUCCCCACGUCCCCCGAGGUGUGGCUUGGGGCAGUGGCUGGCCUGCUGCCCGGCGGCCUCUGUCGUAAGUAAGGCGUGGCCGAGGCUUGCGGAAGAAUCACCCCGGUCUGUGUGCUGCCACCCUGGUCUCUGCCCGUCUGUCCUUGCGUUAGAAUCUGUCGCUGUCUGGUGCCCACUGGGUCUCUGGGGCGCCCCCUGUACGCAGCCCCCGGACUGUAGGUUUCUGCCCUGUGGUCACCGUGGCAGGGACUUGGGCCCAGCAGACUCACGGUGUCAGCGGGACUCCCCGAGACUUGGGGUGGCUCCUAGGCACCUGCCACGCCCCAAGAGGGACGUGCUGCCGGUGUGACACGGGCACCGGGAGCUGGGGUGUCUUGGUUGGGUUCCCUGAGGGGGCUUGGGCCGGGCGCUGCGUGGUUCCCGCACUGUUGGCACACUGAGUGGGAAGGAGUGAGCGCUGGCUGCCUCUGGGAGGCAGAGCUGGGCUCUCCUGAGAGUGUCCCGAGAGCCGUGGGCCAGUCCGGCUCCAGGAAAGGUGCCCGGGUCCCUGUUCCGAGUCCCACGGCCUCCCCGCUCCCCGAGAGUGUCUGGCAGGAAGACGCCUCCUGGCAGCGCAGCCCUCCCUGUGCCUCCAGGCCACUGCAGUGCUCCUGGCCAGGCCCUGGGCCCAGUGUGGACAGGCAUUUCCUGGUCUCCGCUGGGGCGGGGGCGGGGGCCUGGCCGGUGCCUGGCAGGGAGGGCUGCGGCGCCCUGCCCCUCCUGUCUUGUCUUGUCUCCCUCCGUCUGCUCCUUCUCUGCAGUGCAGAGAGAACUGUGUGUCUCCCGGGUGCGUGUUGCCCGUCCCUGGCCUCCCUGGCCGCAGCGUGGGUGUGGGGCUGGGCCCUGACAUGCCAAGUCCCUUGAGCUGUGCUCAGCAGUGUGGUGACAAGCACCCUGCAGAGAGCUUCCUGCAGAACCGGAACUGCCCAUUUCCUCAGCUGCGAAGCCUCGGGGACAGGGAGGCCAAGCCCCGGUCCACGGACUGAGCAGGAGGAAGUGGGGCUGGGUCUUGAGAAGCAGGGACCUGGGCAGGAACGAUGUUGGGGACCAGGGUGCAGCCCCGUGGGCAGCACUGGGCCCACACCACAGGUGGGAGGGAGGGAGGGAGGAGAGAGAAGGGCGUGCGCGUGCUCAGAAGCAGGUCCGGCUGCGCCCUUGGCGUGGGCUCUCCGCGUGGUGAGGCUGCAGCCCGGCUCCCUUGGGCUUGUUCCGCGGGACGUGUGGCCCGACCCAGGGACGUCCUGGUCCACACGAAGUUUCCCAUUGCGAAAGGCGGCGGUGGCGGCCAGCGCUGGUGGGAGUUCUGGGUCCAGGUUGGAGCCCCCUUUGCUCUCAGUGUCCAUAGUAAUACACAGUGGGGAUGACUCACUUGAGGUGAAAGCUCUCAGCCCCUGUUGCCCGCUUAUUCUUAGGAGACAGGAUUUUAAUGUUUUCUUAAUCCAGACCGUAGGAAGGAACGGACGAAUAUGGUCUUUUUAGUCAAUUUUAAAUCAUUGUCUCGUCCUGCCAAGGUAACUGUGCCUCGCUCAGUCCUUUUGCAGUUUCUAUCAAAGAUUGUAAACAAGAUGCCUCCUUUCAUGUCCUGUCUUGAAGUUGUUGGUUCCAAUUUUUAAAACGUUUAGUUUUUCAGUGGACCAGGCAGGCCCCGCCUUGCUGCACUGCAGGGAGAGGGGGCUGCUUUACGGCAGAGGGGCCCUGCCCAGCACAGCCCCCCAAGUCCCUGCGGUGCUGGUCACCCCAUCCCGUCCCCAGUCGGGGCCGGGUCGGAGCUCGCGUCUCGCCGUCACUGAGGAAGGCAGGCUGCCAGGUCACUGGCUCCAGGGCAGCUCCUGACCCCAAUGCCCUCUCCCAGGACAGCACUGAGCCAGGAGGUGACAGUGUUCUGCCCCCUGGAGCUCUUCCCCUUGCCCGCCCUGCCCUUUCACGGGGUCACCUGCUUGGGGGUCAGGAUCCCCAUCCGAGCCACUCCCCGGGCUUCUGUCCUAUCCCUGUUGGGGGCCAGAGAAAGGUGCUGGAGCUUGAGUGGCAGAGGGCACAAAGCGGGGGUGGCUUCCUGGGGGCUCCAUCCGCCCCCAGGGUGUUGUCAGCGAUUGGCACCCCCCCACUGCCAGGCAGAAGGGCCACCCCUCCAGUGCUGCACACGGCCCCAUGCAGGAGAGCCGGUGUGUCGGAAGAGCACAUGGAUGGGUGCUGGCCACAGGGCGGCUGGGGCCCGGGGCCUGGGGCAGGCGGCUCUGGGAGGCCAGGUCCUGGGCGAGCAGGUCUCGGGUGAGCUCCUGGCCAGGGAACCCUUGAACUUGGGCACAAGGAGUGCGAACCUGUCUCUGGCAUGCACUCCCCGCCUCCACCAGCAGGGGUCGCCUCGAGCCAGAGGUGGGCGAGUGAGCCGAGUAGAUUCCCUGCCCUUCUGGGGGACUUUUAAAAUGUUCUUUGUUUUGCCUUUUGCAGUACUAGGGAUGAACCCAGGGAGCACUGGGCCACAUCUGGGCUCUCAGUAAAUGUUCUGCUGGGAUCUCACCAACUCCCUCCAGCAGGCCUUGAGCUUGCGAGCCUCCUGCGUGCUGGGGUUACGGGCGCAUGAUCGUGUGUGUGCGGGCAGCCAGGUUUCUAGGUGGAUUCUUCUGUGUCCCCAGACCGCUCUGUGCCCGGCACACUGAGCAGGCUGGCGCGCGUUUCACCCUCCUGCUGUGACGGCCAGGAGGGAGUGCCGGGCUGUGCCCGUCUCCAGCACAGGGCAGACCCUUUCUGCCCUCCGUGCCCGAAGCCUGGUGAGACCAAGUCUCUUCCAAGUCGGCCUCGCGGUGCAGCCCACUGCGGUCCUCUGCUCACACAGCCACUGUGGGGUGAAACUUCUGUGAGUGGAAGGCCGAGAGGUGGCUGGAGAUGCACAGGGUUCACAAAGAUCCCCGCUGCCUGAGCUGAGCAGGCCUGGUCCUCACGCAGGGCGCCCGGCCGCAGUGCCCAGGCCUCUCCUCCUCCCCCCCGCCCCCCCAGCUCCCGCGGCUGUUCCUGGUCUUUUUGUGACUGGACGCCACUUGGGUGGGACAGGCCCUCGCUGGCCACCUGGCCGGGGCGCACGGGGGAAGCGGGCUGUUCCUGGUCUUUUUGUGACUGGACGCCACUUGGGUGGGACAGGCCCUCGCUGGCCACCUGGCCGGGGCGCACGGGGGAAGCGGGCUGUUCCUGGUCUUUUUGUGACUGGACGCCACUUGGGUGGGACAGGCCCUCGCUGGCCACCUGGCCGGGGUGCACGGGGGAAGCGGGGAGCACUGCUGUGCCUGGUGGUGGCGAGCAGCAGCACCGUCCCGUCUGGAGCUGAGCCACGGAGUUGUGCUGUCACUAGGGCCCUGGCUCUGGGCGUGAGCGAGUGGGCUGGGGCCGGCAGGACAGGAAGCAGAGCCUGCCGGUGUCCCAGAGGGCAGUGGGGGCCCGGGCAGCUGGUUUCUGUGUGGCUGUGCGCAUGGGAUGGAAGGGACUCGCCUGCCCCACGCGGUCCUGGAGGACGGGCAUGGGCGGGCAACACUAUGAGGGCUUCGGCUUCGGGCUGCAGCCCCCGGUGUGGAGCUGUCGCUGGGAACGGGACCAACGGGGAGACAAGGCCCGGCCUCUGGGAGGCUCCUCCGCCUGGUGGGCAAAGCACACGUCACCCGCAGGCCCUGCUGCAGUCAGUGGUCGGGGCCCGCAGCCUGCCCACCCCGCGCCCCCGUGUCUGUGACAUGCCUCCGCUCUGCUGAGUAGGCCUCUGUGCUGUGCUGCUCCUGUUGGCUUAUGUGAUCAUCCACAAAUAAAUAUUGUCAUGCAACUGUG